AUGGAUCAGUAUCAGAGAGUUGAGAAGCCGAGGCCCGAGACACCAAUUAAUGAGAAUGAGAUACGCAUUACUACUCAGGGGCGCAUGAGGAACUACAUUACUUACGCCACCACGCUGCUGCAGGAGAAAGGAUCUAAUGAAAUUGUUCUAAAAGCUAUGGGCAGAGCAAUCAACAAGACUGUGAUGAUUGCUGAACUGAUUAAGAGAAGGAUUGCUGGUCUCCAUCAGAACACUUCAAUUGGUUCGACUGAUAUAACUGAUAUGUGGGAGCCACUUGAAGAAGGCCUUCUUCUCUUGGAAACUACUCGCCAUCUUUCUUUGAUAAUGAUUACUUUGUCCAAGAAGGAGCUGGAUACGUCGUCCACAGGGUAUCAACCACCAAUUCUGGCUGAUCAAGUUAAACCAUUGACUGAAUAUGACUAUGAAGGAGAGGGCUCUCCGGGCAGACGAGGUAGAGAAUGUGGUAGUCGAGGAAGAGGUAGAGUCAGAGUGGAUUUAGUGAAAAAACGAAGAGUCUCAUGA